UAGAGGAUGGAAAAUAAUAAAAUAGCCUAAGAUUUGUGGCCAGCACGCAGCGUUUCGCUUUAUGAAUUGAGAAGUUUAAUAUUAAUAAUUAAUGCAUUGACUAAUUAGUGCUGUACGAGCAGUAAUGGAUAUUUGCAGAAUUUGUUUAGCAAGUAAGCCUGAUAAAGACAUAAACGAACUAAAUACUAACAAAGGCGACGAUGCUCAAAAUUUUGCUGAUAUUCUUUUGUUCUGCUUGGAUAUUCAGAUCUCACAAGACUCCACUGAUAGCAGAAAACUAUGUAAAAAAUGUUACAAAAAAAUUCUAUCAUUCUAUGACUUUAAAUCACUUGCCUUAAGGAAUGAUGCAUACUUGAGGACUAUAAGAGGUCAUAAAUUAGAGAUAUUUUUGAGAGAUUGUCAGGAGAUCGAUGUUUUGAAUACUAUUGAUAGCAGCAAUGUUACGGUGAAGGAAGAGCCAGAACCAGAUAUCAAAACAGAAGAUGAUGUGACAUCAGAAAAUGGUAUUCCCGACUGCCAAUCUGAUGACGAAGUUUUAAGUGUUAUUAAGAAGAUUAAAUAUGAGUCUUCACCAGCAAAAAAUGGAGUAAUUGCAUCAUUUGUCAUAAAGAAAAGUAGAGGCCGACCAAAACAAAUAAAGAAAAAGGAGAUAUGUGAAGAGUGUGGCAAAGAAGUGUGGGACUUAAAAAAACAUGCAAUUAUGCACAGACCAGUGCAUGAGCGGAAGAGUAUCAAAUGCAAAGAAUGUGAUAAGCUGUUCAGCUCAUACAGUGCACGAUACAAACAUCAUAAGAUCAAACACUUGGGUAUAAAGCAACAUUGUGAUAUUUGUAAUAAAGAUGUAGUAAGUUUAAUGGACCACACUUUAGUAAUGCACAGGACUGAAGAUCUACGAUUCCCAUGUCUUCUCUGUGACCGUCGUUUCAUAUACCAAUCAUUACUGGAUGUUCACAUGAUGAUACACACUAAAGAUAGACCCUUUGAAUGUGAUAUAUGUGGAAAGAAGUUCCGGACAAAACCUUUAAUGUCGGCACAUAAGCGCCAAGUUCAUAACAUGGAAAAAACACACUUAUGUCAAUUCUGUUCAAAGAGCUUCUUCAAAAAAUAUCAUUUACAAAUACAUUUAAGGACUCACACCAAAGAGAAACCUUACAACUGCACAGCGUGCGGCAAGUUUUUCUCAUCGAGUACUGCAUUGAAAAGCCAUCAGAUGACCCACAGCACAGUCAACAGGUUUGCGUGCCCGCAUUGCGACAGCACGUUUCUCAAACCUAGUUACCUUAAAACGCAUUUGAUUUGCCACACACGAGAGAAGCGUCAUGCCUGCAAGUACUGCGGAGUGAAAUUCGGCCGUUCCGACCAUCGUAAACGACACGAGUUCACCGUGCACGAAAAAUUCCUACAUCUCUUACCUUCAGCUGUCGUAUGACGUCACAUACAGUCGUCGUUGCUCAGGCGUCGUACAAAAUACUUUUUACAUCAUCAACUUUUUAUUCUCCUUCCAACUACUAAUAACCAUAUUUUAAACGGGCGCCUUCAAAGGACUUCGUACGAGAUUACUGGGAAAUUAUAAAGAAAUGCGCAGUUUUAACGGAUAAAAAUCCGACCUAGCUAACGUUAGUUUCAGUACACAUUGACGAUAUCUAUUAAAGAUAAACCUUACAUUGUAUUUGGAAAAUAAAGUCGGAAUUUCACUAAGUGAUUCUGUAUUUUCCGGACAUCGAUGAAUGUAAAUACGAUAAUCCUCUUUUACAAAGAGCAACGUUGUAGAAAGUUUUGAUAUUUCUGUUUUCCAAACGUUAAAUGUGGAAAAUAUGAGAAUAUAAAAUAGAAGCGACAUUAAAAUUAUAUACUGCGCCAUCUGUUGACAAAAUCUAUAAAAACAAAAGGUUGAAAACAGAGGGCCUACUAUGAGCUUAUAAGCGGCCAGCCAGUUCCAUACAAUUCACUUAACGUGGUAAAACUGAAUUGCUUAAAUUCGUAUCAUGACCUACACAAAUUUGAAAGGGAAUGGCAUGGCUGGAUGAUUGAGUUUUACUUUAUAAUCGUUAAUUAUUGUCUCUGGCUGGCUAGCUGACAUCUAACAAGAGCGAGAUGGAACUACAUACUAAAUCAUAUGAAAGAAAUAGACAGAUGUCUAUCCUGGGAGCGUUCAAGCACUAUUAACCGAUUGUGUUCAAAAUGGGAAUAAGGGCGCGUUCAAAUUAGCCGCUGUUAGUCGCGUUGCAGCAGCGCUGCCGCCGCGCGUUUGUCACUUUUCAUACAAUUUCUAGAAGCGCUGCAACCGCGCUCGGUUGCAUCACGGUUAGUAAGGUGUACAUGUUAAUUUUAAAAUUAAUUACGAUGGACGAAAAUCGAUUUGAAAAAUUUAUAAAGAAUGCAGAACAACACCUUGCAAUAUGGGAUAUCAGUUCCGCCAGUUAUUCUAAUCGACUGGAAAAAAAGGCAUGGGAAAAUUUAUGUCUAAAAUUUAUUGACAAUUUUGAAACUAAAACUACAAUAAAAGCCUAUAAAGAUAACAAAUAAUUAUGA